UAAAUGUGUAUGGAACUUUCCCGAAAAUUGCAAAAUUUCAAAGUGAAAAUGUAAAAGUGUAAUCCACAUAUCUACACGUUUAUGUUUUUCAACUUCCAGCCAUGCCUCCCAAGCCGAAAGCUAAAAAGAAAAAGGCCAAGGACAUCGACUGGGCAUCGGACGAGUACUUCACCAAGGAGCGCUCUAUGAUCUAUAUCGAGCAUACCCACGAGUGUCCGAUAUUUGCGGUCAAGGCGGAGGAAUGCGGAGAAUUUAUGAAGCAGCGCAUUCCGGAACGUCAGUUCCAGUUAGUCCGUAACAAGAAUGGGAAACAAGCACCACGUGACGGAGCCUUUGAAAUCGGAUUCUGCCAGAAUGCGCGAACAUCAAUGCAUGAGAUUUGGUCUGGGCUGAAUCGCGGACCACCGCGUCGCGAUAAGUUUCCACCCACCUUUGAGCAAUUGGUUCCCGAUGUGCAGCGCAUACUGAAGAAAUUCUACCCUGAUAAGGCUGUGGGCUUGAGCGAUGAUGAGGAGGACAUGUAGGCUGGCUGUUGAUUGUUGUUUGCGCUAAAAAUAAAUUUACCAUAACAAUGAAAA